AAUCAGUUAUUAUGGCAUUCAUCCGACAAGCACCUCUUCUACGCUGUCUGCCAUUGGUUGUAUUAUGUGUUCUAACACCGACGCUCAUCCAAACCAUUCACCAAGAUGCGAUGUUUACUGCUUCUAUGAUAUGUCAUUAUGAGGCCGAGCAGAAGAAAGCUGAUUGCUCUGAUCGUGGGUUGGACUCCAUCCCUCAAAAUCUUCCAGACGAUAUUAAAGUACUGGAUGUCACGCGCAACAAUAUCACUUUCAUCUUGAGUACUUCUUUUCAGAGAUACCCUUUGAUCCAGGUCUUGGAUCUUUCCUUAAACGACAUCAGAAUGAUAGAAUCUGAAUCUUUUUACCCUCUAAAGGAAUUGAAUCACUUAAUCCUAUCAUUCAACCCUAAUCUUGUUCUCCCAGCUACAGACCUGUUCAGGGGGUCUAAGAACCUGUCCACCCUGGAUCUGAUACAGUGUAAUCUGAAACUGCUUCCAAACGACACUCUUAAAUGGAGCCCGUCUGUAGAGAAUAUAAAUCUAAUGAUCAACAGACUUACCUUCGUUAACAUGAGCCUUUGUGGCAGACUAAGUUUUGUUGACUUGUCUUCAAAUGAAAUCGAGCAUCUCACGGCAGAAUCUUUCAUCUUCGGAUGUCAAAGUGAUUAUAUUGAUCUUUCCCGGAAUCCUAUUAAAUCAGUAGACCCAAACGUUAUUGCAUCGUUGAGUGCCCGGUCACUGUCUUUUGGCUCCUACCCUUUGUCACUUGAGGUACUGAAGGAUAUUUAUAGCGGAAUCUGUCGCUCUGAAAAAGUGGGGCUCGCUAUAAUUUAUUCAAAUUUCACAGUCUUGCCACUAGAUUUCUUCCGUAAUUGCUCUCUUACUUUUCUAACAUUAUCGGGCAAUGGGAUCCAAUCCCUCUCUCCGUACGUGUUCUCAAACUUGACAAGACUCGUGGAACUUCAUCUAUCGCAAAACAAUAUCGUCACUGUUGAACCGAUAUUCUUUCAAGGCAUGCGGGAGCUAAAAGUUUUGAACUUGGACAACAAUAAAAUAAAAUAUAUAAACCCAAAUAGUGACGUAUGGGCACUGGACUUGAAUGUGUUGUACUUAUGCACCAAUUCUUUGACAGAAAUCUCAGAAUUCGCAUUUUUGGGUUUGCGAAAUCUAACGCUGUUAGAUCUGCGCUUCAACAAAGACCUUAUUGUCCUGAAUAUUACGUCGUUUUCGGAACUGACAGAAAUUCAAACCAUCGACUUGAACCAAUGCAGUAUGUCCACAUUUCAUCCGGUAGCCCCGAACUUAACAACCCUUUCCAUGAAUAACAUGAACAUCCCUUCGACCUAUACGACCCCUAGAAUAUUCCUCAAAGAUUCACAAGGCAUUAAAGAUUUGGAAAUCCGUAAAUCGAGUCUGUCGACAGCUGAUAUAUGGGAUAAAACCGUGAAUGUCUCUCUUUUUGACGGAUUGUCAAAACUUAUUACUUUGGAUCUGAGCGACAAUUCUUUUGACAUUCGCUUUCCAGAUAUCUUUCCAGCUAGGAUCUUUGAACAACUCGCUGCUCUCCAGAAACUUGGUUUAGAAACCUGUCAUAUUUCAGGCCUUCAUCCAUUAGCUUUUUCGGGAUUGGAAUCGCUUCGGGUGCUAAAUUUACGUGGAAACAUGAUUCAACAACUUAAUUUUGAAAUAUUCAAAAUGUUAGAUCAAGUGACAAUUAUCAAUCUUGAUGGCAACCUUUUGACAUACCUCGAUGAACAACUAUUCUCGAACAAUCCCAGACUGACUACUCUUUUGCUAUCAAACAAUAGAUUCACCCGUCUCAACCAAACGACAUUUGAACCGAUAAAAUCUUCGCUUCUAUCUUUAGACUUUUCAUUGAACCCUUUCAGCUGUAACUGUGAUAUACGAUGGUUCCGCGAUUGGAUGAGUGGACAUAUUUUCGUCAUUGACGAGGACAAAACCCUUUGUUCAUUGGCCUCUUUAGAGCCUCUUCGCGGAAAACCUUUGCUUAAUUUUGAUACCAGUAAACUUUGUGGACUCAACGUUGUUCUUGUAUGCUUGACUCCUCUCGCCGGCAUUAUCGUGGUUGUCAUCGUCGUAGUCCUUUAUCACAACCGAUGGCAGUUGAAGCAAAAACUCUUUCUCUUCAAACUUAUGGCAAUUGGAUAUAAAGAGAUGCGAGACGCCCGGGACUACAAGGACUACGAGUUUGACUUGAAUAUCAUCUUCUACGAUGACGACGAAGAAUGGGUUCGUCAACAACUCCGACCAGCUCUGGAAGAACGGCUUCCGCAGUUCCAGAGGAAUGUCUUUGGUGAUCAAGACCUCAUCCCUGGUAUGCACUAUCUGGACGCCGUCGACUACGUGGUAAGCCAUAGUUACAAAACACUCAUUCUACUCAGCAGAGCCGCCGUGCACGAUCGCUGGUUUAUGCUCAAAAUCCGCACUGCAAUGGACCAUGUGAGCGACACCGAGACCGAAUUCGUAGUCGUGGUCUUUCUCGAAGACAUCCCUGACGAAGAGAUACCAUUCUUGGCAAGGUUAUAUUUAAGUGACGGCAGACCCUACCUACAUUGGACCGAGGAUGUGAGAGGACACGAUUUUUUCUGGAAUAAACUGGUGAAAAAUCUCACCAUUAAUCUGAGGACCAACGACUUGAUCCCCAACGAGUAGUAAUGGUCUGACUUAUUUUCGGGAUAGUGUGAUCCAUUCUACAUUACUGUCCACAUAUCAGAGUUUAGUAUAUCUGAUUCAUGUAUUAAGCUAAGAGCACUAUUGGAGCUUGGAUCAGACUAAAUAUAAAGUCGCAAACACAUCUGAUGCCAAUUUAUAUUUAGAAAACCAUUAUAUAUGUGGUAAUGCAUAAUUAUGAUACACCAAAUGACCAAAUCACAUCUUCUCCAUGAACCAAAAUGCAGGACCACAAGAUAUUACAAUUCUAGUAUUCCAUCAAUAAUUGUUCGAUUACUAAAUAGGAAUCCCGACCUCCUCAUAUAGAUCUAGCUAUUUAAUCCCAAACCUCUGUUUGAAUUUGUAUGUAGUUUUAUGAAUAUAGUUUUGAUAAAUAUGAUUUUAAUA